UAUUAGCCAUCCGCCACUCUCUCCAAGUUUCGCCGCCCAAAUACAGGCUCGCCCGGAGACGCGCCGACCCCCAACUAUGUGAGCCCGCCGCAGGGAUUUUCGGCGUAGUUUUUUUCGAAAUUUCGCGGAGUUCCGCCGAUCGCACGAUACAGCACCCGCCGUCCGCUCGCACCCAUGCCCUUCGGACAGUGAUCGCUCUUCUCGCGGCUAGCUUCCUUUUAAUUUCUCUUCUCCGUUUUCCUUUAUUUUUAUCCGUUAUUUCUAUCCGCACUUUUCUACUCGUCCGAUUUUCAUGUUGACAUGAUGAAUCUGAAGCUAUGUUACUUUAGUUUCUUCGUGCUCGUCUACGAGUGGAUUUCCACGGACCUGGUCGAAGCGGAGAAGGUCAUCGGUCUGGACACAGGGUCGCUCGAUGAUGACGACACAGAGGUGGGAGUCGUCCAAAAGCGAUUCGUCCAGCGGGCCAUCGACCCCCUUAUGCGCAGGAGCCCUCUUGAUAAAAAUUUCAUGAGGUUCGGCAAGCGCUCGGAGGACAAAGGACACCAGGACGAGCCAGAACUAGACGAGAUAAUCAACAUGACGCCAUCAGAUUACAAACUCAUCGCCGACGACAGCGAGCCCAAAGCGAAACGCGUCAAGCAGGACUUCAUCCGCCUGGGGCGGGGGAAGCAAGACUUCAUCCGCUUCGGCCGGGGCAAGCAGGACUUCAUCCGCUUCGGGCGCGGGAAACAGGACUUCAUCCGCUUCGGCCGGGGCAAGCAGGACUUCAUCCGCUUCGGCCGGGGCGACGCCUCCAACCUGCUCCACUACCCGGAGACCAACUACGACCUCGAGGUAGCCGAGGACGACUUCCGCAACGCCGACGACCUGGCCGAGCGCGACCCGCGGGCGAAGAACAGCUUCAUCCGCUUCGGCCGGGCGGAGAACUUCAUUCGCUUCGGGCGGAACGCGGAAGUUGGGACGCCGUCGGAUAACAUCAACUACCGCUCCAAACGCUCCGGCGACGAAUUCCGCUUCGCCCGAGCCGGAGACCCUCUCCCGGCCCUCUUCGUCGCCGACGUCAACCCCGUCGAGAUCCGUCGGAGCUCCGGGUUCAUCCGCCUAGGCCGCGCCAAGGCUACCGGAAGCAAAGAACCGGAAAUGGGAGACCGCCGGAAACGCUCCUUAGAUGACGUAGACUCGAGUACACCAGAACCGAAAGUAGUGCCCAAGAUUGGGUUCAAAGGCUUGGUGGUGGUUCCACCAGGAUCGGAAGGCGGCGUCGAACCGGAACCGGAGAUGGAUGGGUCCGAGAACGGAAGUCGGAACGAAACGGAAGACGGGUACUCGACCGAGAUGAACGAUUUCCCGGUGACGGAACCACCGGAGAAGAAUUUCCACAUUCCGUCGAUCCGUCACAAGAGGCGGACGUACGAAGAUUAUAGGCCGAGGGAUUUAGCCAUGUUAAAUAAUAAUGUUUACGAUGCGCUGGCCGGAAGCGCCGACUGUUCGCCGAUGGUUAGGUUAGGUCCGAGCCUGUCCAAAGACUACGUGGUCAAAGUGGGUUGACGCACCCUGUUCUUCCUCCUUGUUUUGUUUCGUUCCCACCAAGAGGUUUCUGUUUUCUAAUCAAUCUAGUUUUAAUAAACUUAUUGUUCCUCGAUCGA